AUGAAACUUCUCCCGUCAAACUCCGAGGUCUCGGUCCGAACCUCCCAGAAGGUGCAGCUGAUAUACAAAUUGUUUUUGCUGGAAAAUGCCCGUAGCGCACUCACCAAAGAGUUGGAUGAAUUUGCCAACAAGGCUUACCAAGAGGUUCAAGAAUUUUUAAAUUCAUCCUUCCCAACCAGUGCUUUCAAGUGCCUUUUAGAAGCAUUGGAUGAAAAGUGUCAAGCUAUUGAAAAGUUGUCUCAAUCUCUGCGAAACAUGUCAUUCACAUCACAAGAGAUUUUUUACAAACAUGGGAAAAUGUCUCACGAUCAACCAAAGCAGGAAAAGGAAACGUACAACAUCACUAUACCAGAGUUUCGAAAUAAGAGAUUUGAAGAGAUUGAAAUUGAAGUGACCCAUAUUGUCAACCCUGGAAACUUCUACAUACAACAUGCAGAUGCAGAAGAAAAACUUCAGAGGCUUAUCACAGACACCCGGAAAGAAAGCAGGUCAUUUUCUGAACAGAACUGUGUUCCAGACAUUGGCACACAGGUUAUGGGCUGGUUUUCCCAGCAGAAGCAAUGGUGCCGGUCUCAGGUGACAAAGAUAUGUGGAAUAAAUAAAGAUCACGUCAACAGUACUGAGGAGAUGUCAAUCACUGUGGAGGUGAAACGGUUGGACUAUGGGGACUCCUUCUGUCUGUCUUUGUCUAACAUAACAGAGAUGACUUCUGAAAUGGCUGUUCUGCCACUUCAGGCUGUACAAGUCUCUUUAGCACAUGUGACCCCUGUGAAUGGCCAAGACUGGUCUGAGGAAGCAGUGGAUUGGUUCAGAGACAUGGUGCACAAGAGGACUCUCUACGCCAGAGUUUACCCCGAGGAGCACAAGGUCUCAGUGGAGCUCUUCCUGGAAAAGGGGAACAUCCAAGCCAUGAGGAGAGGUGCAUCCUUAUCGCUGAGGCUCACCCAGAAUGGACAUUCGAAACAUGACCAGCUGAAGAAAGGUGUUGGUUUUAAGAAACUCAAAAAGACGAAGGACUUGGAAUGGGAAAAAUAUCUAAUCUCUUGCUAUACUCAAAGUAAUUUACAAGGAGCCGAGUUGUAG